AACUCGAUUAUCUUUCCCUGAAUACUCUUCAAGUGGGCAUGCGCAAAAAGCGGAAAUUUACUUCCGGGGACUACACAAACCAGGAAGUAAACAGCAACAAGUGAAAAUGGAAAGUAAAGAUUCAAAACUAAUAAAGAAAACGGGCAGGAAAACCCCUAAGUACUGUUGUAUUUGUAAAGGAAUUUACAGAGGAAAGGUUAUUGAUGGGAGAAAAGUGUCAUUGCACCGUUUUCCUCAGAACAAACGUUUAAAACGUGUGUGGGUGCAGCGAUGUAAAACGGUCAUGAGAUCGUUCCAGUGGAAUGAACACAGACGAUUGUGUAGUGAGCAUUUUGUUGGCUUCAGAGGACCUUCAUUCCAGCAUACACUUCCAUCUAUGUUUCCAACUGAGACUGGUGCUACCAAAACCUUCCAGCCAACGCUCCUUGAUGAAGACGUAGGUGAUGAUGAUGAUGGUGAUACGGUCAAUGACGAUUUAGACCUAGAACUGUCAAAUGAUGAUAGUAUACAGCCACAACUGUCAUUUGUAUCCCCUUCCGGGCAUGCCAUUGAUACCUCUGUCCACCUGCAUGAUUACUGCAUGGGACCAGUACUACAGCCACAGAAUCAGUCCUUUAGAUGUUGUGACACACAGACUGAGAACAACUGUGCAGUGAUGGAAGUACAAACUGAAGAAAGUUUCCUGGGAAAAACAGCAGACUUCAGUUCACAAACAGAACAUUCUACUAGAGACUUUGGUGUACAAUGUCAGCUACCUAUGCUCACAUAUGAUGACGUAAAAUACAAUGACGAUUUGGUCAGUUUUUACACCGGAAUCCCUAAUCGAGUUGUGUUUGAAGCUUUGUUUGAUGAAAUCAAGGAUGAAGCUGAAGUGCGGACAUCAAGGCGGAAACUUAACUAUAAAGAUUCAGAUGGAGGACGGCCAAGAACUCUAAGUGUUCUGGAUGAAUUUUUCAUGGUGCUGAUGCGCCUACGUCUAGUGACAAGAAACUCACAGAAAAAUGUGGACUCUUGGACUUGCUUGAAGAAGGAGACGCCAUAA